AUGAAACUAUCGACAUUGGCUGUUUUUUCUACAGCUUCCAUCGCUCAGGCAGGAAGAUUGCCAACAUUUUUCCAAGAAAUCUUCUCGAACGAAAACAGGGAUGAUUUACAAUUAUUUAACGAUGAUACUCAACAAGCUUAUACCAAUGGCUGGCAUCCUCAUGUACCAUACUUGUUAAAGCCUUUAGUCACAUCUGAGAAGUUACAAAAACAUAUCAGUCUAGAUGAUCUAAACGCUACUGCUUGGGAUCUAUAUCACAUAGCUGAACAGUCCGAAAAGAAAUACGGGCAUCCAACUCGUGUCAUUGGAUCCCCAGGUCAUUGGAAAACCAUCGAAUACAUUUUGAAACAAUUCGAUGAUAUGAAGGAUUAUUAUGAUGUCUCUUUACAAAGUUUCAAUGCGUUAAGUGGUAAAAUUAUCUCUUUCAAUUUAUCUGAUGCCAAACAUGGUGAAAAUUUUGAUAAUAUUACUGCUUUCUCCUUGUCCCCACCAGUUAAACCAUUUAUUGGUAAAUUAGUUGAAAUUCCAAAUUUAGGUUGUGAAGAUGCCGAUUUUGAUUCUGUUGCACCGCCACCAACUGAACAAUCAGGAAGGUCUCCAAAAAGAAUAGCUUUAAUUGAAAGAGGACAUUGCCCCUUUGGAAACAAAUCAGAUCUAGCUGGGAAACAUGGUUAUCAUGCUGUUAUUGUUUAUGAUAGUGACCCUAAUGCAGAUUCUGGAUUACACGGAACCUUAGGGGAACCAACUAAUAAUACUGUUUCCACUAUAGGUGUUACAUAUGAAACAGGUGUCGAAUUAAUUGAAAAUAUUGCUUUGGAUCCUGAUUAUACUCUCUAUUUUGCCAUGGAUUCAUACGUGAAGAAUAUUACUACUAAGAACAUUAUUGCUGACACCAAAAAUGGUGAUCCAGAAAAUAUUGUUGCAUUAGGUGCUCAUAGUGAUUCAGUUGAAGAAGGCCCAGGUAUCAAUGAUGAUGGUUCAGGUACUAUUUCAUUACUGACAGUUGCUAAACAAUUAACUCACUUUAAAAUAAAGAAUAAAGUUCGUUUUGCCUGGUGGGCAGCAGAGGAAGAAGGUUUAUUAGGAUCAAAUUAUUAUGCUUAUCAUUUAUCCCCAGAAGAAAAUAGGAAGAUUAGAGUCUUUAUGGAUUACGAUAUGAUGGCGUCACCUAAUUAUGAAUAUGAAGUUUACGAUGCCAAUAAUAUCGACAAUCCUAAAGGCUCGGAAGAACUAAGAGAUUUAUAUAUUGAUUAUUAUACCAGCAAUGGUUUGAAUUAUACGUUGGUUCCCUUCGAUGGUAGAUCAGAUUACGUUGGAUUUAUCGAAAAUGGUAUCCCCGCUGGUGGUAUCGCAGCUGGUGCGGAAAAGGAUAAUGUAUUUAAUGGUGAAGUCUUAGAUAAAUGUUAUCAUCAACUCUGUGACGAUGUCUCUAACUUAUCUUGGGAAGCAUUUAUGGUAAAUACUAAGUUAAUUGCUCAUUCAGUUGCAACAUAUGCUAAUUCCUUCAAGGGUUUCCCAGAAAGAGAAACGAAUGCUACUGUAAGUUCAACUUCCUUACUUCAGGAAACUUCUGAGUUUAAAUACAGAGGAAGUAUGUUGUGGCUAUAG